UAUGUCCCUUUGAAAGCAGUUCGAAGUCGUGUCAUGCUCGAUGUCAGGUGAAACCUAUGGACGAAGAUGCAUGCGGUCAGAAGCUGCACAACGAUAUCUGCGUCAGAGAUACCGACGGCAGCGAUCAAGGUAUUAAUCAGACAUCCGACAACUUUGCUACCCUGUCUUUGGAUGCAACGGAUGAUGACGAGGCCGAAAUCAUGUACGCAGUCGGCGAUUUCCUUGGGAAUGGCAACAAUCAGUUAAGCUUUAAAGCUGGAGAUUCACUGAAAAUCAUUCAGAAAUGUUCAGAGCAUUGGUACUGGGCAGAGCUGAAUGGUAUUGUUGGAUAUGCCCCAGUCAAUCACCUGGCUCCAAACCACCCAACACUGCAUCAAAUAUGCUGGCAAGAUGACGAGUACUUUGAGAGCUAUGGCAAACUGAAAUUGCAUCACGAAAUGCUGAGUGACAAGCCACGCACUUUUGCCUACAAGUCCGCCAUCCUGAAUAAUGCUCACCUGCUGAAGGACAAGGUAAUACUUGAUGUUGGUUGUGGCACAGGGAUCCUAAGUUUGAUGUGUGCCAAACAUGGACAUCCCAAACAGGUGUAUGCUGUGGAAGCUAGUGAUCUAGCUGUGUACACUAAAGAGGUGGUAGAGAACAAUGGCAUGUCAGACAAAGUGACAGUACUCCAUGAUUUUGUGGAAAACAUCAACAUGGAUAGUCCUGUAGAUCUUAUCAUCUCAGAAUGGAUGGGUACACUUCUUUUGUUUGAAAUGAUGAUUGAAUCAGUGCUGAUUGCUCGUGACAAAUAUCUGGCACCUUAUGGCACCAUGUGGCCUUCUUCUGCCAGUCUCUUUCUUAUGCCUGUGUCAGCUGUUGAUGAAUACCAGGACCUCAUUGAUUUUUGGACCUGCCAGUAUGACUUCAAUCUAUCUUGCCUCAAGCCUCUUGCUUUGGAAGAAUUCCUUCAAAAACCCAACCAUGGCUACAUACUAAAGCGAAAAGAUUGCCUUUCAGUUGAGGCUAAGCUUUUGGAGUUAGAUAUCCACCAGGUCAGAGUAGAAGACUUGGAGGAGAUUGUCAGUCACUUUGAUUUUUGUAUUGACAGGUCUGGAAUUCUGCAUGGCUUUUGCACAUGGUUUCAGGUAGAUUUUCAGGGUUUGGAUCCCAGCAUUGAAACAACAUCACUCAACACUGGACCUGAUAAUGAGCCAACUCACUGGAAGCAAAAUCUUUUCAUGCUUGACAAUGGGCUGGUUGUAGAGAAGGGGGAUAAUGUGCAAGGUUAUGCCAAAAUUUCUCGCCAUGCAGAGUGGCGUCGGCACUUGCGUCUAUUUAUAUGUUUCACACACAAACAUUUAUCUUCAGGCAAAAUAACAAGCCAUGAAAAAUUAUUCUAUGUAUGGAGAUAAUGUUACGAUUUGGCUAAGACAAAGAAAAUAUUGAGAUAGUGUUACAUCCCAGGAACAUCCGUCCUUUGAUAGAAUCCAUUGGUAAUCUGUGAUUUGCCUUGCAUUAUUCACAUAUAUCUCAAACUUCCUGUAAUUAGUAUACUUGAAAUUUAGCAAAUCAAAUUCAGUUAUUUUAUAAUGAAUUUACUUAAACAAAUGUACAGUGUGUAGAGGUUGAAGUGCAAUCUGUUGUGCUGUUAGAACUUUAUUUAGUUUGACAUUUCUUACAUGUGAUUGGUCUAAUUGUCAACUGUAAAAACAGAUUAUUUUUCAUCAUUUAUCUUGAGAGUUCUGAAGCUUUCAGUUAUUUAGAUUCAUAUGUAAUAUUCAUGCUCAGAAAUGGUAAAAAAUACUGAAGUGGGAAA